AGCCACAAUCAUACCAUUCGCAAAACACUAAAUAUCCUCCUCUAUUCACCCUCUCCUCACAAAACCAUCUUGGUUUUAAGAGAUCAUCAUCAUCCCAAGAAAGAAUCCCAUCUCUCAAGCUUAAUUAGCACGAUAACAGUUUGGUCUUAUCAAUGGCUUCAUUCAAAUUCUCCUUUGUUCUCUUUCUCUCUUCUCUCCUCCUCCAUGCAGCUUCAGCUGAAAUUGUAUGCGAGGAAUUGCCAAAUGACAUUUGUGCCUUCACCAUCUCAUCAUCUGGCAAGAGGUGCUUGUUGGAGACAUAUGCAACGAAGAAUGAUGCCGUUGAGUACCAGUGCCGGACAUCCGAGGUGGUGGUUGAGAAAAUGGCAGAUUACAUAGAGACUGACGCUUGUGUCAAGGCUUGUGGGGUUGACAGGAACUCCGUUGGUAUUUCUUCUGAUGCACUCCUUGAGCCUCAAUUCACCGCCAAGCUUUGCUCUCCUGCUUGUUACCAGAAUUGCCCCAACAUUGUUGACCUUUACUUCAAUCUGGCUGCUGGGGAAGGUGCAUUUUUGCCUGACCUCUGUGAUGCCGCACGCUACAACCCUCACCGGUCCAUGAUUCAGCUUAUGAGCUCCGGUGCAACCCCUGGACCUGCUGCUUCCGAAUCAGCAUCCAUAGUCUCCGCCCCUGCUCCCGCUCCCAUGUAAUCGAGCAUAUAUAUAUAUAUAUAUAUAUGGUGGCUUCAACAUGAUUUUCUUAUGAAAAAUACUAUACAUUGAAUUAUAAGUAAAUAAUUAUUUUAUAUCUAGUAAAAUAGAAUGCCCAAGAGAGUUCGGCUACACUUAUCUGUUCCCGGGGCUACACUUUGUUGUACUCGGUUUUUUGUCGAGGAUUGUUUUAUGAGGACUAUACCAUAUACCAUUGUUGAGUAUCGUUCGUGCAUACAGAAUUUGUGUUCCUUUCUUUAUUUGAUGAAAUAAUACAAUUGAUUAAUUUUUA